GCCUGGAACCGCUCGCCGAAAGAUGGCUGCUGCAGCAGCGGGGCGGACGGCGCCCGGGAGCGGGCUCUAGGGCCCGCGCCACCCCGUCCCCGGUGCUCCCUUACCAUGAGGCCAGUGAGUCGCCGCACCCUGGACUGGAUUUACUCCGUGCUGCUACUUGUGAUCGUCUUGCUCUCCUGGGGAUUCGUCAUCUAUGCGUCGACUGUAGCUGCACGACGGCAGCUACGGAAGGAGUUUCCAGACAAAUUCUUUGAAAUGAAUGAACUUUGGUAAUUCCCAGCAAACAGUUCUUUUCCUCAAAGAGCACCUAUGUAGACUUAAAAGUAAAAUUCACAACACAAAACUGCGUGUGGUCUUUUGUGAUAAGCGUUAACAUUGCUGAUUUUUUUCUUCAGGUCAUAGAUUUUCAUUCCAGUGCUUCAAACACUAAACAUCCUCUAGACAAACCAGUAUUUAAAAAAAUAAAAUCUAUCAUGUGAU